GUCACCAAUCUCAAAGCACAGACACCCUCUUCUCCAGUUCUCCGCGACUCCUCGCCGCCGCCGCCGCCGCCGCCUGAUCUCCCCGGAAUUUAUCGUCGGAGAGACGAGAUCCCGGCGCCCUCUCUCUGCUCCCACGCCGUCGGAGUAAUUUCUCCGCGGGGGACCCGAUCUCCAGCUUCAGAUACCGCCUCCAACGUCUCGCUCUUCCUGCUUAGAUAGAUCUCGGGCUCCCCGUACCUCGUACCUCCUAGGGCUAAUGGAUCAGAAGGGUUUCGACGGCGAUAGGUCGGAGAGUAGGCUCUAUGUGGGGAAUUUGGAUUUUAGGGUAUCAGAGUCUGACAUUAUCAAGAUGUUUUCUCCAUUUGGGAAGAUUAUAGCUGAGGAUUUCUUGUGGCACACACGCGGCCCGAAGCGAGGCGAGCCCCGUGGCUAUGCCUUCGUUCAAUACACCACCAAAGAGGAAGCACAGUUGGCGAAGGAAAAGAUGAACGGCAGGUUGGUCUGUGGACGCCCUGUGGUGGUUCACCUGGCUAGUGAGAAGUGUUUCGUGGACUCCGGAAAUUCCCACAGAGCAAUGAAGGACAAGAAACUGGCAGGUGGUUCAGGAAGCAAAUCGGUACAGACUGACCGUGCCGCGAAGAUAGCUGCCAUAAAGCACAAGUUGAAAUCCUUAGAGGAUGAGGGAUGCAGUACAAAAAGACCAAGAUUUAAGUCAGAUGACUUGCCGGGCAGCGGCAAGCAAUCUGAUAAGGAGUGCUGAGAUGAGAUUGUUCAGGAUCUUCAGAUACUCUUCUUGUUCUGGUGAUUUUGCUGAAGGUGCUCCUGACUGUAAAAUUUUAGUUCUGUUAUGUUAGACAAGUCACAGGUGUAACACUUUAUAGUUUAUCACAUUUGUACACCAGGCUGUAUCAUCUACCUGCGAUUAACACGAACGAUUUGUUGGUGGAA